AUGGUGCAUAUGAUCAUAGCCACAGCAGUUGUAUUAUUUUGCUUACUAAGCAAUGAAGCAAACCUUGUCCUUGGAGACAUUGGUACUGCUACUUCUUAUGAUCCUCCUUAUAUACCUACAAGGUGUAAUGGUAACAGACAAGAUCAGUUCCCUCCAGGAAACUUGUUCGUUGCUGUGAGCGAAGGGUUAUGGGAUAAUGGAGCAGCCUGUGGAAGACGUUACAGGUUGAGAUGCUUAAGUGGAAAUAACAAGCCAUGCAAAGAUGGUAUUGUUGAUGUUAAGGUGGUGGAUUAUUGCCCUAAAUCUCCAUGCCCUUCUACCUUCCUCUUGUCUAAUGAUGCUUUUUCAGCUGUUUCUCGCUCUUCUACUGCCAAGAUCAACGUUGAAUAUAUCCAGUAA